AUUUUAGCCCCUCUCCCCUUUCGAUGUGCGGCUUUGGACAUGCGGAGGCUACUGCAACCGUGUUGGUGGAUCUUUUUCUUGAAAAUCACCAGCUCCGUGCUCCAUGAUGUGGUGUGCUUCCCCGCUCUGACCGAAGGUUAUGUUGGCUCUCUGCAUGAAAACAGACAUGGUAGUUCUGUGCAGAUACGGAGGCGAAAGGCUUCAGGGGAUCCUUACUGGGCAUACUCGGGUACCUAUGGUCCCGAGCACUGGGUUACUUCCAGUGAGAAGUGCGGAGGGUCUCACCAGUCUCCCAUAGACAUCGUAGACCAUCAGGCGCAUGUUGGAGAUGAGUAUCAAGAACUGCAGCUUGAUGGUUUUGACAAUGAAUCUUCAAACAAGACUUGGAUGAAAAACACAGGAAAAACGGUUGCUAUCCUGCUGAAGGACGAUUAUUUUGUCAGUGGCGCCGGGUUGCCGGGCAGAUUCAAGGCAGAGAAAGUGGAGUUUCACUGGGGUCAAAGCAACGGAUCAGCUGGCUCUGAGCACAGCAUCAAUGGCAAGAGGUUCCCUGUUGAGAUGCAGAUUUACUUCUACAAUCCUGAUGACUUUGACAGUUUUGGAACAGCAGUUCUAGAAAACAGGGUAGUAGGAGCCAUGGCCGUGUUUUUUCAAGUCAGUCAGAGGGACAAUCCAGCACUGGAUCCCAUUAUCCAUGGGUUGAAGGGCGUCGUACAUCACGAGAAGGAGACCUUUCUGGACCCCUUUGUGCUGAGGGAGCUUCUGCCAACAUCGCUGGGGAGUUACUACCGCUACGCAGGUUCUCUGACUACUCCUCCGUGUAGCGAGAUCGUGGAGUGGAUUGUUUUUCGGAAGCCCGUUCCCAUUUCUUACCAUCAGCUGGAGGCGUUCUACUCCAUAUUCACCACUGAACAGCAAGACCACGUCAAGUCCGUGGAGUACCUGAGGAAUAACUUCCGACCACAGCAAAGCCUGAACAACAGGAAGGUGUCCAAGUCUGCCGUGAAGGAUGCUUGGAGCCAAGAUAUGACAGACAUAUUGGAAAAUCCACUGGGCACAGAAGCUUCCAAAGCUUGCAGCACUCCCCCGGUCAACAUGAAAGUGCAGCCUGUGAACAGGACAGCAUUGCUUGUGACCUGGAACCAACCAGAAACCAUCUACCACCCUCCGAUCAUGAACUACAUGAUCUCCUAUAGCUGGACUAAAAAUGAAGAUGAAAAAGAGAAGACUUUCACCAAGGACAGUGACAAGGACCUGAAGGCCAUCAUUAGCCAUGUCUCACCUGACAUCCUUUAUCUGUUCAGAGUUCAAGCAGUUUGCCGAAAUGAAAUGCGUAGUGACUUUAGCCAGACUAUGCUCUUUCAAGCUAACACUACUCGAAUUUUCGAGGGGACCAGAAUUGUGAAGACAGGAGUGCCCACAGCAUCUCCUGCAUCCUCAGCCGACAUGGCUCCCAUCAGCUCCGGCUCCUCCACCUGGACCUCCUCGGGGCUCCCCUUCUCCUUCGUGUCCAUGGCCACUGGGAUGGGGCCUUCCUCCAGUGGCAGCCAGGCCACCGUGGCCUCAGUGGUGACCAGCACCUUGCUGGCAGGGCUGGGCUUCAGCGGUGGUGGCAUCUCCUCCUUCCCUAGCAGCGUGUGGCCCACCCGGCUCCCCGCGGCGGCCGCCCCCAGCAAACAGGCGGGACGGCCGGUGGUGGCUGCCACCGAGGCCGCUGCUGCCGCCUCCCCGGGGCCAGAGCGGGACUCGGCGCUGACAAAGGACGGCGAGGGAGCUGAGGAGGGGGAGAAGGAUGAAAAGAGUGAAAGCGAGGAUGGGGAGCGGGAGCAUGAGGAAGAAGAAGAAAAGGAUGCCGAGAAGAAGGAGAAAAACAGGGCGACGGCGGCCGCGGAGGCACGCAAUAGCACGGAGCCCAACGUGGCCACAGCUUCCCCCAACCGGACUGCUGAGGAAGAAGGAAAUAAAACCAUAUCGGGUGAAGAGCCAAACCAAAACGUUGCCCCCACGGCUGGAGGUCCCAAGGAGGAGAGCUUUGCCGAAGCAGACACUCAGCCCCAGCCGCUCCCUUCCACCCAAGUGCCGCCAGCGUUCACCAAUGAACUUUACCUGGGGAAGAUCCCAAGAAGACCAGAGACAACAAGAAAACCUCCUCCAAAGGAGGACAGGUUUCCAGAGGAAUACCCAUCAGAUAACAAAUUCAUCACCAUUAACCCAGCUGACAAGAACAGCUCCAGCAUGGCCACAAGACCUUCUCCUGGUAAAAUGGAAUGGAUCAUCCCGCUUAUUGUGGUCUCAGCACUGACCUUCGUGUGCCUCAUUCUUCUCAUUGCUGUGCUUGUCUACUGGAGAAAGUGUUUUCAGACUGCCCAUUUCUAUGUGGAGGACAGCAGUUCCCCCCGCGUGGUCCCCAAUGAAAGUAUUCCCAUUAUACCUAUUCCAGAUGAUAUGGAAGCAAUUCCAGUCAAGCAGUUCGUUAAACACAUCAGUGAGCUGUAUUCUAAUAACCAGCAUGGGUUCUCGGAAGACUUUGAGGAAGUGCAGCGCUGUACGGCCGACAUGAACAUCACUGCAGAGCAUUCCAACCACCCUGACAACAAGCACAAGAACAGAUACAUCAACAUCCUAGCCUAUGAUCACAGCAGGGUGAAGCUAAGGCCUUUACCAGGAAAAGAUUCUAAGCACAGUGACUACAUUAAUGCUAAUUAUGUCGAUGGUUACAACAAAGCAAAAGCCUACAUUGCUACCCAGGGACCUUUAAAGUCUACCUUUGAAGAUUUCUGGAGGAUGAUUUGGGAACAAAAUACUGGAAUCAUUGUCAUGAUCACAAACCUUGUUGAAAAAGGAAGAAGAAAAUGCGAUCAGUACUGGCCAUCAGAGAACAGCGAGGAGUAUGGCAACAUAAUCGUCACGCUGAAGAGCACAAACAUUCAUGCCUGCUACACUGUGCGCCGCUUUACAGUCAGGAACACAAAGAUGAAAAAGGGUCAGAAAGGAAACCCCAAAGGGCGGCAGAACGAGAGGACGGUUAUUCAGUAUCACUACACUCAGUGGCCUGACAUGGGUGUGCCGGAGUACGCUCUGCCUGUGCUAACCUUCGUUAGGAGAUCCUCCGCAGCCAGAACCCCGGACAUGGGACCAGUGGUGGUGCACUGCAGUGCUGGUGUUGGCAGAACUGGUACCUACAUUGUGAUAGACAGUAUGCUGCAACAGAUAAAAGACAAAAGCACAGUUAAUGUCCUGGGUUUCCUGAAACAUAUCAGGACACAGCGCAACUACCUCGUCCAGACAGAGGAGCAGUACAUUUUUAUUCAUGAUGCCUUGUUGGAAGCCAUCCUCGGGAAGGAGACUGAAGUAUCUGCAAACCAGCUGCAUAGUUAUGUUAACAGCAUCCUCAUACCUGGCAUAGGAGGGAAGACGCGACUAGAAAAACAGUUCAAGCUCGUUACACAAUGUAAUGCAAAAUAUGUGGAAUGCUUCAGUGCUCAGAAAGACUGCAACAAAGAGAAGAACAGGAACUCAUCAGUUGUGCCGUCUGAGCGUGCUAGAGUGGGCUUGGCACCGCUGCCUGGAAUGAAAGGAACAGAUUACAUUAAUGCCUCUUAUAUCAUGGGAUACUACAGGAGUAACGAGUUCAUCAUAACCCAACAUCCGCUGCCACAUACAACUAAAGACUUCUGGCGAAUGAUCUGGGACCACAACGCACAGAUCAUCGUCAUGCUGCCGGACAACCAGAGCCUGGCAGAAGAUGAGUUUGUGUACUGGCCAAGUCGUGAGGAAUCCAUGAACUGUGAGGCCUUUACUGUGACCCUUAUCAGCAAAGACAGACUGUGCCUCUCUAAUGAAGAGCAAAUUAUCAUCCAUGACUUUAUCCUUGAGGCUACCCAGGAUGACUACGUUCUGGAAGUCCGCCACUUUCAGUGUCCUAAAUGGCCAAACCCAGAUGCUCCCAUAAGCAGUACCUUUGAACUUAUCAAUGUAAUCAAGGAAGAGGCCUUAACAAGGGAUGGCCCCACCAUAGUUCAUGAUGAGUAUGGAGCUGUGUCAGCAGGAACGCUAUGUGCCCUUACCACUCUGUCCCAGCAGCUGGAGAAUGAAAAUGCUGUCGAUGUUUUCCAGGUGGCAAAGAUGAUAAAUCUUAUGCGGCCUGGAGUAUUUACAGACAUUGAACAGUACCAGUUUCUUUAUAAGGCAAUGCUAAGCUUGGUCAGCACUAAGGAAAAUGGAAACGGUCCCAUGACACUGGACAAAAAUGGUGCUGUGAUGGCCAGUGACGAAUCUGAUCCCGCAGAAAGCAUGGAGUCUCUUGUCUAAUUGGAAACCUGAAAAGGCACUUAAUUUGUAGAACUUCUGAAGACUGAGCGAACUUUUUUGAGGCCUUUUUUGCCAGACUCUAGGUUAUACAAUAACCCAAUUACUUUUUUACACUGAUAAAAGUUUUGAUAUUUAUUUUUUGCCAUUUUAUGUCUUAAUGGUAUCCUACUGAGCAUUUGCACCUCUGUUUAUUUCACACAGUGAAACGCAAUUUUAUCUAGUUUGCACUAUAUGAUCAGUGUUACUGCCUAUAAUAUUCUAAUACAAGACAAGCCCUGAUGUGACAUUCCAUGACAACAAACAUACGCUUUUUCUGUUCUGUUUAAAUGCAGUGAAGUUUUGCUAACUACAGUGACCCUCAAAUCUUAAAUCUUGAAUGCUAGGCCAGAUGGGUUCUUUCUGCGACAGAUACUGUACCCCUUCAUACCAUAUUUAUUAUUUUAAUGAUCAUGUCACAGUUUUGCUAAUGGUAUUCUGCAUUCCAGUGGAGUGGAUGAGCAGUGUUCAUCCUUUCUUGACAAAACGUGGCAGGUGAUUAUUAGCUACAGUGAAGGUGUAAUAGCCUUGUGGAGCUGAAACAAUUCUUUCUGUAUUGUUUCAAAUUGCUGUUUUGUACACUUCCAGGCCUAAGACUUGCUUCACAUGGAAUAUAUAAAUUACAUACAAUAUAAUUAUAAAUUAGAUGCAAUUCCUAUGUGGGACGCAGUGAUAGCUUUUGAAUUUACAAUUUCAAAGUUCCCCCAUGUAUUCAGAAAAAUGUCAAUUUUAAACAGCCCUAUGAUGGGAAAGUAUUUUGGUUUUAUUCUCAUCAGAGCCAAAACAGUGAGAAACCUACUACAACCCCAAAUCAGACCUGUUUUCAGAUAUAUUGAAGGUAGCAAUAUUUUACAUUACUAAGCUAUUCAAUAUUUUAAACACAUUAAUUUCCUUACUAUUUCUUGAAUAUGACCUCACACCUAAUGGUAUGUUACAUGAUGACAGGCGUUUCUUAAUUUCAUAACUGUUAGAUGCCAUUUUUACAGGUGUGUAAUUUUCAUACUUUAGUGCUAAAACAUAAAGUACUGAUCCAUAUUUACUGGUGAAGCAAACUAAUAAAAAAACUACCUAUAAAGUUACAUUCUCCCUCUUUUUUUUUUGCCAGACUAAUUCUUUAGCACAAACCUAGCUUAUUGUGUUUUCCCUCCCACACCAAUAAAAUGGUUUCCUCUAGAUUACAUAAAUAACUGAAUUAUUGUUUGGAGCAUUUAAGUAUACAUCCUCGCUGGCUCCCUUUUCCUUUGUAUUUGGUCGCAAUGCAACAAGGUCCAUCCCUAUUUAACAAAAGAAGUAAGCACAUACUUAAUUCUCCUGAAAAUUAAAGCUAAUUGUGUCCUUCAUAGCUCAGCUGAGUAGGGAGGGGUUACUGAAUCUGCCUUGAAAAGGAAAUACGUCCUUUCAACCGUCCUGACAUUUGGUAUACAGUUAGAGGCACCAUCCCUUAUAUAUGGCAUAAGUUUCUUUACUGUGAAAUUUCAACUGCACAAAACACGCAUUGUAAUUUUUCAGGACUUGUCAGAAUGUUACAGCGUAUUUUUCAUUUAAAUGUAAACCUAUUAAUUUCUGCCAGUCCAGUCUUGCUGAAAUAUAGACAUUUGGCAAGGCAAACCCCACUUCUUUUGUUGGAGGGGAGGGCAGGGAGGAAGCUUAGCUAAGAGGAAGGUUCUGUGCAUUUUCACACGCAAGGAAGCUGAAAGCGAACUGCUUAAAAUUGUAUUGAGAGUAGGUACUGUCGGUGAGAACCUCACGAGGUGCAAGCUGGUACGGCCGCACUGAGCAGAGGAGCUAUGCAAACUGGUAUGUGCUAACAUCUGGCCUUUUAUUUUUAAUAAGGGAAAGGUUUCCUAGUACGGAUACACUUGAUUAAUUCAACACCAAAGUAUUUAAGAAUUCAUCAGCAACUUUUGACAUAGUUACCUUUUACUUCUCAGUUUGUCGAAUCCCUCCGUACAAGUGAUCCAAAUAACUGCUAAUGCUGAACAGUAUAAUAUAUCCGUGGUUUCAGUAAGGAAAUCCCAUGUCCAGCACCGGCUAGUCCAAAUAAAAAAUGUGCAAAAUAUUUCAAAAGACUGCUUUGUAGUUUGCAUCCCCUUUGCACUGGGACAACCCAGCACCAAGGUGGGAGUCGGUUCGUGUCUGGUAGGAGUUAAGACUGGCUCCCCAGUCGCUACAGCCCAGUAACAAGAAUUAAGUAAAUUUUCAAGUACUGUUGCCUGCAAGGGCUGGAAGGUUUUGCUGAGUGGUCUGCUGGCCAGCGUGCAUCCGCACUAGAGGCUGGGGAGCCCCUCCUUGCACCCCCAGUACUGAUCCUGGCCCCAGGCAAUUCCGGCUGGUAGCACAAAGGGACUCUGAUGAGUUGGAUCCGUUCAAUCGGGAGUAUUUAAGUUCCUGGGGAGGUGUAGGGAGAAGUUAAGAAUUCAAACCCUGACAAGAGCUAAGUGACACAAAGAUUACUGCAGGCAUCAAGAGGGCUGGAUUUGUUCAGUACUUUCAGCUGAUUACUUUUCAUUUCACUGGCAUGAUGGAAGAUAACUGUGGCUCGUGACACACUGCCUGAAUAUCCUUGGUUUAAUCCCUCGCCUUCUCACAAGUUUUAAAAAUCAGUAAAAGAAGGCUGUGGGGGUUGAACUUUGGUAGAUGCUUUGGAAAUCCAUGCAUUUGCACUGGCAUUUUCCAACACCUGAAAUACUUGCUUGGGGUUUAAUCCAUGGGGAAAUAAUUUACACUGAUGUUCUAGUUGAGUUCUCCAUGGAUUUUUUCUUAGGGGGGCUCAAGCUGUGUGUUAAGUGCUGUGCUGACGGUCAGAUAGCCAGUAGAUGGUAGUGAUGCAUUAGGCGUGAAGUGGAUAAAGCUAGGAAUUGCUUGUGAAGGUCAGGAUUAAGAGUGCCUAAGAGCCAAAUCUAUCGUACUGUAAGCAACUGUGGUUCUGCUCUCUUACAUGGAUUUGCACCUCCUUCCCUGGGACUGAGCAAGACUGGCGGAAGGAGCGAGUGUGCGUUCAGAGAUCCGCACGCGUAGAGCUCUGCCGAGAUGCUCUCGUGAGUCUCUCUGGCCAAAGUCCCACCCCGCAUUGCAACCUUGCUUUUGCCACACCAAACCCCCCCCCACACUGUAACCACUUCUUGGCAUUCGGUCGGGACGGCUUUCAAGCAUCAAAAGUUGCCAGACAAUGCGCAAGCCUGCAAAUUAAAGAACCCGAGUAUAUCCCAUAGCUAUAAAAUGUGGUCCUCAGCACCAGCCCUGAGAAAUAAGGGGAUAAAGGACUGAAGUACACAUGCAUAUGUGUGUCUACGUUUAGAAAACAUUAUUUCUCCAUGUCUUGCAUGUGUACUGUGCCCGCAGACCGUGUGAAAGACAUAAAAGACUUCUGUGUAUCGAGCCCAUAAGAGCAGCCAAGCUUUCCAAGAAGGAAUGCUUGGGAAGCUGCUGUGUCAUCUUCACAUCUAAAAUGGGUGAGUCUCAGCCGAAAGCCCCAUCCUACAAACACUCCUGUACGUGAACUUGGCAUCGGUAGGCAGGUCUGGGAGAGGCAGUAGGACUGCUCGGGCACGCAGGCUAAGCACCGGUUCUUCUGCAGGACCAAGGUCUAAAGAACACUAAUUUUAAACAGGAUUUGUCCUUAGUAUUUCACAGGGUCUGUUUCCAAAUAUGAAUUUAGGAACAGGAAAAAAAAAAUCCCAAACUCUUAAACUACUUCUUGUGUGUGACUCUUUCUGUACUGUGGGUCUGUUCUAGGUUAGUGGAAUCAUUUACAGGAUCUGCAAAAUUUCAGUUGUUUUUCCAGUUUCUGACUGCUUGAAUUGCUUGAACCCAGAGUGAUGCAUUGGAACAUUAGGAGACGAAUCUUUAUGACACAGCACAACUGCCUUCUUAUUAAUCUUUUUUUAAGCUGAUAUAUUUUAUUUAAAAGCUAAAAAAUAUAGAUAUCGAUUCUACCAAAGAUACAUAUUACUAAUUCUCAGCAAAACAAAACCAACUUAAUUAAAAAAAAAAGUUACAAUGUAGUUGUCUUAAAGAUUUAGCAGUCUUUCUCAAAUUCAUGUCUUUUGACAUCAGAUCUUGUGUUCUGAAGUUUAUGUUCAAAUGGUGCCAGUGAAUUUUUAUAUGAAGGGAAAAUGCCUAUUUGUUAAUCCACUGCAUUGCUUUUCUUGUUUUUCUUUUUCUUUUUUUUUUUUUACAGAUGCAAUUCAACUCUUACUGUUACCCCUUUGCUCUUCUUCUCUUUGUUGCCAUUCUAACAAUGUGAACUACAUUGGCUUUACUUAUCAAAGGAGAAGGAAUGCAAAAAUAAAGAAAGAAAAGGAACUGUAAUGAAGAGAUUUGGCCUCUACUUUGUCUUAGCUGUUAAACUGUUUUUAGUGUUUUUGUUAACUAUUUGCAAAGGGAAGCAUUUUCUACAGAGGAUAAUUAAUUUCAAGAAAAAAGUCUUGAGUUUUAAGAAUAAACAUGUCUCCAAAAGAGGAGAUAGUCAAUUUUAUACAAUGUCACAACUCUCCAACAUUUGGGGUAGUGACUCUUUUUGUUUUGUUAAAACAUUUGAAACUAGCAAGCAGCCAUUGUUUCUAAAGACCGAAGCAUUCAUGUGUACUCCUAUUUUCUUUUCCUUCAUUUUUAAAAUAGCAAAGUCAUUAAAACUGUAAAUAUUUUGUUGCUUGGAUAAGCAUCUUCUGGGAACUUUGUAUCUAUGGUAUAUAAUCAUAGAAUUUUAUAUUUUCAUAUAAAGCUAAUUUUUUUCUAGUUUCACCUCCUUCCUAGUUCUGUGGUGGCUAUGUGAAUACAUACCUUCUGUGUAUCGAGGUAGUGAGACACCAUCAUCACACUCCAAAAAAGAUUUCCACACAUGUCAUUUCUUUGGGGCAGUGAUUGUGAAAGUUGGAUUUUUUUUUUUGAUUCCAUUGUCAGUGUGUGCAAUAGGAAUUAGACUUAGCCAGUCACUGGAUACGUUUGUCUCAUUGAUCCAUU